GCCACCAACGGCAUGUAAAUGAACUGAAACAAAAGUUCAGAAAUGUUUCAGUUACUUUCGGAAGUUUGCAGAUUAUGACAUAUUUCUGAAUAAUAAGUUCAGAUAUGAUAAUAAAUUGACUGCUGCAGAAAUAAACAACAGUUGUGUGUUGUAUUCGGAAUGUCUGCGCCGCAAGCAAAGAAGAGGGCUGAUAUGAAAGUGGUCAUAAUCGGUGAUGCCUUCGUUGGGAAAACCACUUUCAUCCGGCGGUACAUGGAGAGGACAUUCUCAGAAAAUUUGGGGACUGUUGGUGCCUGCUUUUUCCUUAAACAAUGGAAGGACUACAAUGUGGCAAUAUGGGACACAGCGGGGGAAGAACGUUUCUCAGGGUUGAGCUCCUUCUACUGCCGGGAUGCCUCGGCGGCCAUCGUUGCCUAUGACAUCAGCAACCAGCGCUCCUUCGAACUCCUCUCAGAACGCUACCUCCCGCUCCUUGACGCAGCAAAGGAAGACUGUCUACUCUGCAUCACAGGCAUGAAACUAGACAUCAUCGAUGAUAAAACCAGAGAGGUCGACCGGUGCCACGCCGAGAAGUUCGCCAUGCAGUUGAACGCAAACCGUUUUAAGGAGGACGACACCAAGAAGCCGUACUUUGAAACGAGCUCGCUAACUGGCGAAAACGUAGAUGAGGUUUUUGACUUUAUAUUCUCAACGCUCUUGCCCACAGAUAAGGACAACUCUAGUAUUCAUCGGUCGGGCAGUCAGCAGAGUAGAGGACUUAUACAUGUCGAGGAUGAUGACCUGCAGAGUGGAUCAGAGAUUAGAAGAUCUAAAAAUUGUUGUAAAUGAAAUUAUUGACUAGAGUGGCUAUUAUGGCUAGAGUGGGAUUCGAACCAACGACCUCCGGAUUAAUGAUUGUUUUUAUCUGAAAUAAAUAUAUUCAAUAAAACUAACCCUUGAAAAAUUCAUUUCAAAAUGUGGUAGAAUUAUUGAGACAAUCCCUAAAAAUCUGGAGGGUUAUGUCCAAGCAGGAAGAAUAAUCCGCAAUUGGAAUACGCACAAAUUUCAUGCAGAAAUGUUUCUCAGAUUG